AUGCCGCUAGACGGGGGGACUUUGAACAGUGCCAUGCUACCGGAAUCAAUGACCAGUCAGCGUCGACCACCAUCUCAAUCCUCUUCCCCCAACCCCAAAGGGGACCGAGAAUCCCAGCAAACGAAAAAGCGAGCCAAAGCUAAGGUGAUAAUACCAAACAAUAACCCCGACCGUGAUGAGAUGCUCGAGGAUGGGGGGAUGGGCAACCACAGCAUCCCUGAUACUUCCUCCCCCUGCUCGACUGCAUGA